AUGCAAGGACUCCAGGACCCUCGGAACUUCACCGGAUCCCACGGGCAGGUCCACCCAGCCUUCUGCCGCUUCCGUGUCCCCGAGCAGAGCCCUGCUGGUUCCCGGGAGUGUUUGUAUCCGGGACUCGCUGCAAACCUGGCGCUUCCUGGCACCCGGGCUCGCUUUAGGGCCGCAGCCACCCUAUGCACCCAACGUGCGAGCAGGCGGAGCUGCGCUGCGGGACGCGGCCAAAGCCUAGACGAGAACCUGGGGCACCCGCGCGGCUCCAAACAGCCGCCGGCGCCUGGGACCCGGAGCGCCGCGCUUUACGUGCACUGGCCAUACUGUGAAAAACGCUGCAACUAUUGUAACUUUAAUAAGUAUAUCCCUCGAACACUAGAUGAGGGUGCCAUGCAGAAAUGUCUGGUGAAAGAGACAACUACACUGCUGAAACUCAGUGGAGUGCAACGGAUCGAUUCUGUGUUCUUUGGUGGGGGAACACCAAGCCUCGCCAGCCCUCACACAGUAGCUUCAGUCCUGGAGACUAUUGCCCAGACCACCCACUUACCAGCCAAAGCUGAAGUUACCCUAGAGGCCAACCCUACCUCAUCCCAGGCAUCUAGGUUGACUGCCUUCCAGGGGGCAGGUAUCAACAGACUGUCCAUUGGCAUCCAGUCCUUAGAUAAUAAAGAACUCCAGCUGCUAGGCAGGACACACUCAGUGUCAGACGCCUUGGGAACCUUAGAAGAGGCACGACGUGUAUAUCCAGGCCGCACAUCUGUGGAUCUCAUGUUUGGCCUCCCAGCACAGCAGGUGGAACCUUGGCUCAGGCAGCUGCAGGAACUACUUUCCCUCUGUGAUGACCACAUCUCUCUGUACCAGCUGACCCUGGAGAGGGGCACUCUGCUCUUUGCCCAGGUCCAGCAAGGAACCCUCCCCUCCCCAGACCCAGAAGCUGCAGCAGAGAUGUACCAGCAUGGGCGGGAGAUCCUGAGGGAGGCUGGAUUCCGCCAGUAUGAGGUUUCCAACUUCGCCAGAAACGAAGCUCUCAGCACACAUAACUGGACUUAUUGGCAAGGUGGUCAGUACAUAGGUGUUGGGCCCGGAGCCCAUGGCCGAUUUGUGCCCCGGGGAGAUGGAGGGAGUCUCCGAGAAGCUCGAAUCCAGACAUUGGAACCUGACAAUUGGAUGAAGGAAGUUUCAAUGUUUGGGCAUGGUACCCGGAAGCGAGUCUCCCUGAGUGAGCUGGAACUAUUAGAGGAGGUUUUGGCUCUGGGGUUGCGUACAGACACAGGAAUCACUCACCAGCACUGGCUACAGUUUGAGCCCCAACUGUCCCUGUGGGAUGUGUUUGGAAAAGCUGAGGAAGUGAGGGAGCUUCAGUCCCAAGGCCUGUUGCUGCUGGACCACAGAGGGCUUCGGUGUUCCUGGGAAGGGCUAGCUGUGCUGGAUACUGUGCUGCUGAGACUCCUCCUCCAACUCCAGAAUGCCUGGGAAAACCGGCCUCCUCCCAUGCUCAAGGUCACUGAAUCAGGAGCUGCCUCCCAAAGAGAGGAUUCUAGGUGACCUCUGAGGAUGAAGAGAUGUGAACUGGAAUUUUUUCAACAAUGUGACCUCAACUCUAGAAACACAAUUCUCUCAGGAUUGCGAUGCAAGUCACCCAGGAAUUCUCCACCUACUGUCUCUUCAUAAGCUAAAAAUUAAACUAAGUUUUCUAAAAAUAUCUGCUUCUUAGGAAAGAAGUUCUGUUAGUUCCUUCUGUCUAUCUGUCUAUUUUUCACACACACACACACACACGCACACACACACACACAAUCUCUCACCAAGACAAUUAACCCACUCUAGGUAAAACUGAUUCUUCCUCCAAGAUACUGUUUCUUUUAUUCCUGGAUUUAUACAUGUCUCCUCCAAUAGACUGUAAACUUUGGGAAGAUAGGCACUGUUUCACUCUUGUCUGUGUAUUCCCAUUGCCAAGCACAAGACCUGACACAUAGAGGUUGCUUAAUACAUAUUUGUUGCCUGAUUGAAAUAUCUAAGUAGCAUUCCAACACCAGUAUUUCUGAUACCAUCUUUCCACUAAGCAAUGCUGCCUUUCAUAAGUUUUUUUUUUUUUUUCCCAAUAGGGAGACGAUAAAGGGAAUGGCAUGACAUUUAUAAAAACCUUAUCUUUUUCCACUUAUCCCCAGAACAUGUGACUGAUAGUAGAAUGCUGACAUUUCUAGGUUUACAAAUGUUUUAUUUACAUUUAUUUCAUUUAAUUCUUACAACAACACUGUGAAAUAGCUGUGAAUAUCAUCCCUGUUUUACAGAUGAGGAAACUGAGGCUGGUAGAGGUUAAACAGGUUAACACAGAUAGUAUCUGAGGUAGAAUUUGAUCUAAGUUCUUGCUGAGUCCAAAGUUCUCUCCACUGUUCCAUGUUACUUUUUAUAAAGGCUUUUUGCCAUCAGGGAGGUAUAAUUGGAAUGGUAAUUCAUAAUCCUAAUCUUUUUUAUUUACCUACAAAACAGGUGACUUGGCAAAUUUUAUUUUAAUCACAAGGUCAUCAUCUUGACCCUGGCAAUUUGCCUUGGAGGUUCUUUCUGGAUUUUAAAUUUCCUAGUUGAAGGGAAAUUGGACUUUUAGGUUGGGGUAUCAAAGCCAGGUGUCUUAAAUUUGUCAGCCUCAGGAUAAGGCAACACUGAGGGUGGGUACACCCACCUUUUUUUCCCCACAUGCACUCAUCUCAGAGCCCUGAGUCCCAUGGGUAAAAUGUGGACCCAAGGCCCAUGUCAUCAUUGUAUCUUUCCUCUGACUAGCCAUCUUUGGAUCUUGACAAAUAAAUGAAGGUCAGGCAGUGAGCAAAUGCUGCCAUUAGAUACAUUAGAUAUGCUCUGAGACUAUUCUUGCCAUCCCUACUCAAGUUCCACCCAACUGCCAAGAUUCGUGCCACCUGAGACAUGCUGCUGGCUAGCCUCUGUGUUUGGCCUGAGGGAGAAAGGCUUCCUUCCUUCAGAGAGCCAAGGGGCACUGGGCAAGAAUUAGGGCCAGAGCAGUAGCUUGGGAAGUCCCACACUCUGUGUCAUAUGUGGGCCUUGCCUUACCUUUUCCACUCUACUGUCAUUUCUCCAACACUCAGCACUUCCACUGGAAGAAGUAGAGGGUCAGGGUUGGAAAGAGGAGGAUUAAAUUUGUGUCAGGGUCACCAAUUUUUCCUUUUCAGGUUUCCCUGAUCCUCUUGUCCCAGGGGUUUUCACUGCCACACAAUGGGUAUACAUAAGAGGAUGCCUCCCUCACAUUUCUGUCAGUAAAUCAUUUUUUAAAAUAGAUUUUUUUCACUCUUGUUUUUGCAUUACCUAGAUUUCUCUGUGUCCCUCCUUCCAGAGAAUCAUGCCAAGUAACAAACAGCUUUUAAAAUAAAAGUUUUUAAUGAACAAAUUAUCUGUUUUCUUUCCCUCUGUAGCACAUCUCACUCUACCAAUUUAAGAGAAAAAUAAACUAACCUGUAUAACAAGCCUGUGUCAUCAAACAAAAACAAUCCUUCUUGGCCAUGUCCAGAAAAGUAUGUCUCAUUCUGCAUUUGAGUUAGUCACCUCUCUGUCAGGAAGUGGGUAGCAUGCUUCAUUAUCUCUCCUCUGGAAUUGUGGCUGCUGAU